AUGACGAAAACAACGAAACCUCUAGUACUACAAGUAAUUAGCGAUAAUAACGAAAAUUAUUCGUACGUUUGGUCUAUCGAUAAGCCCGGGUUUAAUUACGGGACGCAAACGAAGCACGGCAGAAACGAGAAGAUCUUCCACGUGGUGGAAGGAGCCUUGGAAACCGGUCAAAUUUACGAAAUAAAAGUGGAAUUGGAAGGAUUACGCGCUGGCUUGGCUUGUGUGAAAAUCGUCACGCACAAACCCCCCGAAUUGAAAUCCUGCAAUGUCGUACCGCGCACUGGAAGAGCCUUGGAAACUCCAUUUUCCCUGGAAUGUCUCGUUCCC